AGAUUGCUUCCGCUUUCCUCAUCGUAAUAAUAGUUUUCACGAGUUUGAUACACAACAGGUGUCAUCAUAUCAGUUAGAACACGAUCGGACAGGAAUGUCAACCUCAGGCAGAAUUCGGUCACCUGAUGCCAGAAUUGUUUACGUCUUCCCGAUUGGGAAAUGAGAAUGGAUCCAUCAACGCGUAUGGAUGUGCGGAAGGCACGAAUAAGUUGCUUCCUUACUUGAGGCUCGCAGUAGUUGAAAGCAUCGAUUGUUUGUUAUUGAUUCACAUCUCCUGGGGCACCGGCACCGGCAUCAUCCAAAUACAACAUCUCUCCCAUUAAGACACUCGCGCUGGCCAAGUAUUUAUAUAAUCGUUCCAAUUCCCAUACUUACCUAUAUAUAUACAUACACACAAGAAACCAGUGCAAACAAGACACCACUAUGAACACCAGACAAACGCGGAGAAAAAGAAGUAUCAGUUCGAUCUCUAAUUCAGAGCCCCGCACUUCUACCUCAUGCAGGAGCCCUCGUGUGUCUGGGGGAACUGCUCCGGUCCCAUCUUGCGAAACCCCACGCCAACAAACUAAAAGAGUUCGCUUCUCAGAUCCCGGUCCGCGGCUGGAAGGGCACUGCCCUGGAUGCUCUACAGGCCUCACUCCGGCACUGAUUCGCACAUCGUUCGAAGAACCCGAUGAUCCCACAAAUGGCAUCGAUUGCACCCCAAGUCGCCGGCUGCGGCGCCGCUCAACCCCACUUGCGCAGUCUCGUCGUUCGCUGGAGUCUGUACUGCCCAUUGAUGGAUCCAAGUCAAAGACAGUGGUGCAGUUUACGCCUUUACGGCAAAUAUUGGACUCCCGGACUCAGCGGAGAAUCCGGCGACUGGGCCUGAGUACUGAGAUUAACCAAUUUGAACGCGAGAAGCGGGAGUCCGCGCAUUACCAGAAGUCUCUGCGAGCUCUGCUGCAAGAAAGAGAUACCUUAAAGCAAGAGCUGGAGUUAGCAAAAGGCAACAGCGGCACUCCAGAAUACCAUUCACCCAGAAAGGAGAUUCUCCAGUUAUCGCCUCGGUCUAAGCUGGAGCACCUAGAGUCCCAGAACAGUCAGCUGAGGCAAGACACCUCGUUCUCCGCUAUUAAGAACGCGGAUGAUCAAUCGGAUGGCGCUGAUACUGAAGGCGACACCAUCAUCCUUGACAAUGGGUUUGAGGGAGACACAGUUCUCAUGUCCGAUUCUCCAAUUAUGCGUGGCUUACAGCUUUCUCGACAAUCUCCAGAUGAUCUCUCUUGCCUGAGCCUCCCGGACCCCAGAACGGAUGCAUCAGUUCAAACGUCCCUGUCUGGUAAUGACCAAAGCGCAGAGUUUCUUGCUUUGUCACUUGACUUGGAAGCUGCUAGAAAGGAGAAACGGGAUCUGUUCAACGCAUGGCGUACGAGGCUUGCUUCCUUCUCAGAAACUGCGACUGAACCUUGCCUCCAACGGUCGUCUCCCCCGCCAGACUUCUUCGAUCAAAUUUUGCCUACACUAACAGGAGCCCUCACCAGUGCUUCAGACGCUAUCGGUGCAUUGGACGCCGUCAAACAGGAGCUUUCUGGUCUAGGGUUUCCCGGCAGCAGCAUGGACGAGAUUAUUUCGGAAAUGCGUAGUCGGUUCCGAUCAGCACGCUUACAGCUGGAGCGCGCAGUCCCCGGGGAAACGCCCAGCUCUAGCUUAGAUAAUGGAAAUACAACCCUCAGCGCCCUUGUGAGGCGUGUCGAGCUGCUCGUUAAAAGCCUGAGUGACGAGCGCACCCGGCAUGAAGGAUCUCUUGGGCGGGAGCGGGCAUUGCGCGGCCAAUUCGAUAACCUGUUGAUCCGCUAUGAGACCGCUUCAACGAAAAUAAGCGAUCUUGAAGAAUCUAUUGCAUCUUCCGCAGGAGAUAUGCUCCACACGAGAAUGCGGAUGCAGGAACUUGAGCGUGAAGGGAAAGAGCAAGCCCUAGGGAUUGAGAGAUUGAACGAAGCCCUUAGCAAAUACCGUGUAGAGGUCAAGACUCUUGAGAACCUCGUGACGGAACUCGAGCAGGACAAGGCUGUCUCUGCCACCAGACACGAGGAACAAAUGUUACGACAGGAAAAGAGAGUGGCAGAAGAAAAAAGCGCCCGUCGUGUAGCAGAGUCGGCUAUUGCAGAACGAGAGGCACGUAUUCAGGAGUUGGAAGGGAGCGUUGAGUCGAAUAAGAUCCGUGUGUGUGAUUUGGCUGCUAAGAUUGAAGCACUAGAAAAGGAGCUCAAGCAGACGGUUGACAGUCACGAACAGCAAGCAGUCGAGCAACUCCAGCAUCACCAGCAAGAGGUCGGCAGGAUGAACGUCCGCAUCGCUGAGCUGACCACAUAUCUGGACGCUACCAAAUCUGAAGCGGACAAGCUUCGUCGAAGCAACGCUGGCUUGGAGGAACAGCUGCGCCUUGAAGUGGAGGCCAGGGACGAUUUGCUAGAGAAAUGGGCUGCAGACCAGGCACGGUCAUACGCUUACAUGAAGGAAACCGUCAAGGCAGAGCGACGCAAGGCAAAAGUACGCACUGCCAAUUGGGAACUCAAGUCGGACGAGCUACAAUCGGAUGGCACGAACAUCGGAAGCGAGCCCAUUACUCCAGUUAGCGUGGCGCGAUUCGUUGACGUUGAGGUCGGUCGAGGCAAGGAACGGCGGCGGCUUGACAGUGGUAUCGGGAUACUGACAUCAGACGAGCUUUUCGAGAGCGUAGGUAUCGACAAUAAUCCCCUACCUUCCGAUCCCGCGGAUCUCUAGCUGUUGUUCUAUUCUGUGUAAAACACCUCAUUGCUCUCCCUUGGUCGAAUGUGUAGCAUAUCUACCACGUGGCGUUAUUAAUGUCUGGGACGUACUUUGUAUGAUAAAUGCUCGCAAUAACUGUUUGAACAAACUUGAAUCACAAUUGGUUACUAACUGUAAAGCCACUGUCAUGGUGAUCAACGAGAAGCGCAGGUUAAAAGAGGUCGAUUGUCAUAGUCCAUGCGCGAUGGGAUCGACUUCGUGACUUUGGUCUUUGGAAGCACAGUGUUCACCAGGCUGUCAAGUGCCAUGGCUAACAGUGAUUGCACCGGCUUCUCGAUAUUACAGACAACAUUGUCCUAUUCAAAACGCUCCAAGGUUUGCACAAUUGUGCAGGCUGCGUGGUUCAUGUAUGUCUCAGCUGUCAAAGUCAACCUCGGACGAGGACCGCAUGAAACGCGGGAUUUGCCAUGAACGACAAGUCCGUUCUAAUGCAUCGCACUUGAAGUGUCUUGGACCAGUUGUCGGAGUGACUGCC